AUGAUCCCAACGCAACUAAUUCCUCUGUUUGUUGCUGGGAUUUGGUGGCUGUGGAACGGUAGGAACCAACUUGUUUUUGGGUCCCAAAGGUUGGAAUUUGAGGUGCUAAUUCAGCGUGUAAAGGACUAUGUCAAGGAAUACUGUGAGAUCAAUCUCUCUCGACAUAGGAGCGCUCCUUUACAAGCUCAGAGUAAUGUUUGGCGUCCCCUGCUAGAAGGAUGGUUCAAGCUAAAUGUGGAUGGUGCGGUAGAUACAAGAGGAGGUAAAAAGGGUGUGAGAGCUGUGAUCCGCGAUUGGAAUGGUGUCUUUCAAUGCACACGAUCACAAAAAAGGAAGAGACCGGUAUUUGUAAGAAGAAACAAACUCCAGUACGAGGUGAGGAAGCUAGGCGAGAGAGAGAGAGAGAGAGAGAGAGAGAGAGAGAGAGAGAGAGAGAGAGAGAGAGAGAGAGAGAUAGAAGAAGUUGAAAGCAGAGAAUGGUACUUGGCUGCUUAUGCAGCUGAAGGUGUUCCAACUUCUGAUCAUCUCAAACUCCGUACGGUCACACUCUCACUAUCCCCUGAUUCCAUUCCCGAACAACAUGUCAUUCUUGAGACCCUCUUCAUUUCCGUCGAGCCAUAUUUACGCAGCAGAAUUACUGGCCGGGAAGAUGGGCUAUACAACCCCCAGUUCAACCUUGACGAGGUAAUUGCAGGAUUUGGGGUUGGAAGGGUAAUUCGGUCAAAAGAUAGUAACCAUGUUGAAGGUGACAUAGUCGUCAGUCCAUUCACACAUUUUGCUGAAUAUUGUGUGGUACCAUCCCAGUUCGUAGCAAGAAGGAUCGAUCCAAAUAAUGGGAUCCCCUUGCCUGAAUAUAUCAGUUCGUUAGGGUUGCCGGGGUUUGCAGCAUGGGUGGGAAUUGAGUUGCUGGCAGACCCAAAACCAGGAUCCAAUGUGUUCAUUUCAGCUGCUGCUGGGGCUGUUGCAAUGUAUGCUGGACAGUUGGCCAAGCUCAGAGGAUGCACGGUCAUCGGAAGCACCGGAUCAGAUGAGAAGGUGAGGCUAAUCAAGGAGGAAUUUGGAUAUGAUGAUGCUUUUAACUACCACACAGACACAGAUUUUGAUGCUGCUUUAAGCAAGUAUUUCCCUAAUGGAAUCGAUGUCUACCUUGACAAUGUUGGCGGUGAAAUGCUUGAGGCUGCUCUCAACCAUGUCAACAAGCAUGCCAAGGUCCCUCUUUGUGGCAUGAUAUCUGGCUACAAUAAGGUUUGGACUGAGAGAGAGGGGGUGAGGAAUCUGUUGAAUUUAAUCGGAAAGGAGGUGAAUAUGCAAGGGUUCAUGGUGGGUUCAUACCUGCAUCGUCUUGGAGAUUUUGCAACCGAGAUGGAGAGCCACCUAAAGCAAGGCAAGAUUGGUUAUUCUAAGCUCAAAAUCUUCCAUGGAAUUGAGACAUUCUUGGAAAGUUUGGGGUCCCUCUUCACCAGCUCUAAUGUUGGAAAAGUUGUAAUCCAAGUCAAGUGAUUUUAUUGGGUUGAAGUAAAUCUAUGUUAAGGCAUUAAUGCUUCAUGAAAACGAUCUAAAUAGGACAUGGUUUUUGGUUUGGGAAAUUGAAGUCUCCAGAAUUGGCAACUUCUUAAGAAUUUAAAAGCGUUUGUACUAAUUUGUUUCAAUAAAAUUAUUUGCACACAAAAUUAACAUAUUUAUUGACACAUUUU